UUUCCAGGGCGGCCUGCUUGGGCGGUUGUUGGGGUGUCUCUUCGAUGGCUUGGCGCCGCUGGAUCGAGAAGCUAGGCGCUUAAUCUGAGAGUGCGGGACGGGGGCCAAGGGGCAGCCGAGCCGAUGGAGCCCCGGAUGGAUACGGAGACCUUGGAGUCGAAGAUCAACAGAGCUACAAAUCCUCUAAACAAGGACCUGGAAUGGGACAGCAUCAAUGCUUUUUGUGAUCAGCUUAAUAAAGAAUUAGAAGGCCCACCGCUUGCCACCCGGCUCCUUGCCCACAAAAUCCAGUCUCCACAAGAAUGGGAAGCCAUUCAGGCUCUCACGGUGCUGGAGUCCUGUAUGAAAAACUGUGGCAAGCGCUUUCAUGACGAAGUAGGCAAGUUCCGCUUCCUUAACGAGCUUAUCAAGGUGGUAUCACCCAAGUACCUAGGAACCAGGAAUCAAGAGAAAGUAAAAUCCAAAAUCCUGGAGCUGAUUUAUAGCUGGACAUUAGGGCUGCCCCAUGAAGUGAAGAUUACAGAGGCCUAUCAAAUGCUGAAAAAACAAGGGAUUGUAAAAUCUGACCCAAAGUUGCCAGAUGAUGCACCUUUCCCAUUGCCUCCUCCAAGGCCAAAGAAUGUAAUUUUUGAUGAUGAAGAGAAGUCCAAGAUGCUUGCUCGCCUGCUCAAAAGCUCACAUCCUGAGGACCUCCGGGCUGCCAACAAACUCAUCAAAGAGAUGGUACAGGAGGACCAAAAGCGGAUGGAGAAGAUCUCCAAGAGAGUAAACGCCAUUGAAGAAGUCAACAACAAUGUCAAGCUGCUGACAGAGAUGGUGACUAACUACAGCAAAGGAGAGACAACAGAGAGCAGUGAGGACCUCAUGAAAGAGCUGUACCAGCGCUGUGAACGCAUGAGGCCCAUGCUUUUCUGGCUUGCCAGUGACACAGAGGACAAUGAUGAGGCACUAGCAAACUGUAUUAAUUCUACAGUGUAG